AUGGAUUGUUCUACUCGAUGCUGCGAAGCUUCCUGCGAAGGUUGCGUCUCUUGUCCGCCAGGAUGUGAUCCUUGCAAAUGCUCUUUGGAUUCUUGCAAGAAAGUUUGCCAAGGCUGCCGAGACUGUCCUCCAGGAUGUGACCCGUGCAAAUGCUCAAAAUGCUCCGCAAAUGGCUGCAAAUGUUCCUGCUGCGCUGCAACAAACACAUCCGCCUAA